GCGGCUUUUCCGAAGCUCAGAGCCGGGUGCUGGUCGCAAGAGGUCAAGUCCUCCAGCUCUCAGUUCUGCAAUUGCUGCAUCAAUUGCCAUCUUUUCUCUUCUCCUGCAUCGCGAGCUGCCAGACCAGCGCCAUGUUCCGGUCCGCUUUAACAAAGGCCCGGUCAGCCGAGGCCGGCGCAUUGCGUUCGCUGGCACAUGCCAGAGUCAGCCCCUCCGUUGUGACCCCAUCUUGGACCUGCAGUCGGGGAGCCAGCCGGCACAGCAGAGCUCUCUCCACCUUGCCGCGGCCCCAAUUGCACUUACAGAACAGCGCACAGCGCCGCCAAUUCUCGUCCACACGCAGCAUGGCCUCCACACGAACAGAGAGCGAUGCGUUCGGCGAGAUCCAGGUGCCGGCCGACAAGUACUGGGGCGCGCAGACGGAGCGGUCGCUGGAGAACUUCAGGAUAAACCAGCCCCAGGACCGCAUGCCGCCGCCCAUCGUCAAGGCAUUCGGCAUCCUGAAGGGCGCCGCUGCAACAGUCAACAUGAAAUUUGGGCUGGACCCGAAGAUCGGAAAGGCCAUCCAGCAGGCCGCCGCGGAAGUCGCUGACCUCAAGCUCGUAGACCACUUCCCGCUCGUAGUCUGGCAGACCGGUUCUGGCACUCAGUCGAACAUGAACGCCAACGAAGUCAUCUCCAAUCGCGCCAUCGAGAUCCUCGGCGGUCAGAUGGGUACCAAGAAGCCCGUCCACCCGAACGACCACGUAAACAUGUCUGCCUCCUCCAAUGAUACCUUCCCGACCGUCAUGCACAUUGCCGCCGUCAUAGACUUUGAAGAGUCGCUGCUCCCGGCCCUGUCAAGCCUCCGCGAUGCGCUCAAGAAGAAGAGCGAGCUGUUCGAGAAGAUCAUCAAAAUUGGCAGGACACAUUUGCAGGACGCUACGCCGUUGACGCUGGGCCAGGAGUUUUCAGGCUAUGUUCAGCAGCUCGACUUCGGCAUCGAAAGAAUUAGGUCUUGUCUACCGCGUCUGAAAAUGCUCGCCCAGGGUGGAACCGCUGUCGGAACCGGCAUUAACACAUUUAAGGGCUUUGCUGAGGACGUUGCUGCAGAGGUCAGCAAGAUGACCGGACAUGACUUCGUUACGGCGCCGAACAAGUUUGAGGCCCUCGCUGCUCACGACGCUAUUGUGGAGGCGCACGGCCAGCUUAACACGUUGGCUACUUCAUUGUUCAAGAUUGCCCAAGACAUCCGCUUCCUUGGAUCAGGACCACGCUGCGGUCUUGGAGAGCUGAAGCUUCCAGAGAAUGAACCUGGCUCCUCUAUAAUGCCUGGAAAAGUCAAUCCCACCCAGUGCGAGUCCCUUACUAUGGUCUGUACCCAGGUCUUUGGCAACCACGCCGCCACCACGUUCGCCGGUUCCCAGGGUAACUUCGAGCUGAACGUCUUCAAGCCGGUGAUGAUUCGGAACCUGCUCCACAGCUCCCGCCUUUUGGCCGAUAGUAUGAGAAGCUUCGAGAAGAACCUAGUGGAAGGUCUCGAGGCUGAUGAGAAGCGCAUCGGGUCUCUGUUGAACGAGAGCUUAAUGUUGGUUACCUGCCUCAACCCCGUUAUUGGAUACGAUGCGGCUUCAAAGACUGCGAAGAACGCGCAUAAGAAGGGCAUCACUCUCAAAGAGAGUGCCCUGGAGCUGAAGACGAUCAGCGAGGAGGACUUUGACAAGUAUGUCCGACCAGAGCUCAUGAUUGCUCCGAAGGAGAGGUAGAGUGUAGUCCGUAAAAAGUAAAAUAGUUGUAUAAGCGUAGACGAGAACUAUAAGCUGGGCAAACCAGACUCUCCUAGCGAGCCCCAACAAAAAAAUAUCUACCGAUGAG